UGGUUAACGUUGUCUGUUACUGUAUUUAUUUAACCAGAAGCUUUAACUGAUACGAGAUAACACUAUAUGUGGACUCUUGCUUAUAAGUCAAAGGAUAGUAAAUCCUAAUAAAUUACCAAAAUGGCUGCUACCACAGAACAUGGAGUUCCAGAAUCUGCUCCAGAAUUUGUGCAGAUGAAUAACCUGGCUUGCAAGACUGUUGGAGGAAAGGUGCUGUUUGCAACAGAUGACUGGUUUGCUGCUGCAGAAAAUCUUUUAAGCAAACAUGAUCCAGAAUUCAAAACUGGUCUCUUUACAGAGUAUGGGAAAUGGAUGGAUGGGUGGGAGACUAGGAGGAAGAGAAUUCCAGGUCACGAUUGGUGUUUAAUUGAGCUGGGAAUACCAGGGAUAAUUCUGGGACUUGAUGUGGACACGCAUUUCUUCACUGGAAACUAUGCUCCACGCAUUUCAGUCCAGGCGGCAAGCUUACAAGAAAAGCCAGCAUUCUCUCCACGGGGAAACAGAUUGGGAACUGCUGCAUCAGAGAAAGACUUUAAUGCUGUGGAACAGCUGCAUUCAGAAAAGUGGGACUACCUUCUAGAAAUGACAGAGCUAAAGCCAGGAUACCCUGAUUGCUGUCACAAUUACUUUCAAGUCACUUCAAGAGAAAGAUGGACACACAUACGACUAAAUAUCUACCCAGAUGGAGGAAUAGCCCGCUUUAAAGUCUAUGGCAUUGGACAAAGAGACUGGUCUUUGUGUGGCCCAAAUGACUUGGAAGACCUACUGUCAAUGGGCAAUGGAAGUGUGUGCCUUGGAUUCAGUGAUGCACAUUAUGGACAUCCGCGAAAUCUCAUAGGUUUAGGAAGAGCAGCUGACAUGGGUGAUGGGUGGGAGACUGCAAGAAGACUAGAUAGGCCUCCUAUCUUAAAGGCUGAUAGAAACGGAAUCCUCCAAAUCCCAGGAAAUGAAUGGGCAGUGUUCCGACUUGGCCACCCAGGUUUAAUAACACACAUAGAAAUAGACACUAACCACUUUAAAGGUAAUGCACCAAAUUCGUGUAAAAUUGAAUGGUGUGUCCUGACACCUCGAGAAGAAGACGAGAAAAUCAAAGAUAUAUUAGAUGUGAAUCUGAAUAACAACUGGAAAACACUUCUCCCUGUCACACAGCUUCAUCCCCACAAGAGACAUUUUAUUGAUGGGAUCUCUCUAUCCCUAAAUGAAGUCAUAACUCACGUGAAGGUCACCAUUGCUCCGGAUGGCGGCAUAAGUAGAAUACGGCUUUGGGGUUUUCCUCGACAACUGCCUACAGACAACUAAUUAAGAAAAAUCCCCAGUAUUAGAAACAUAAGCUAUAUGCUUUCUCAUCUUUAACAUUUGCAUGAAGCAGGUGCAACAUUUUAUUGAUUAGAAUAACAAUAUUUCUUUGCGUAGAAAGACCAGCCUUAAUGUACCACUCCUUGCAUCAUGCCACUGAUGGUAUACUGGGAGGUACAGGCACUGUACAGGUACUCUAUGUGAUUAUUGUUAGAAUCAGUAAACCAGCUACGGUUUGAUUUAUUAGAGCUUUUUAUUAGCAAAUGUAGUAGUUACUAAAACAUGCUAUGUUUCUCUUUAGGAUGCUUAGAAAUAGAUUGCAUUACUAAUUCAUUAGCUAUAUAAAACUCCUUAAUAAAAAAAUGUGAACACUUAAAAAA